ACACACACACACUCACUCACACACAGAGAGAGAGAAAGAGAGAGAGAGGGAGAGUGAUUGGAGAUUCAUCCAGGCGCUCAGGACGCACAGACUCAGUUGCACAAUCAGAAGCUCCAACUGGCUCCAAGCAGCAGAAGACCCUCAGCACCUCGGCUCCAUCCAGCUCUCCCUGCAGGAGGACAUCAUCUGCUCUUCAUAACACUGACUGUUGUGAGAAGGAGAACCGGAUUUUUGAGGAGCCAACAAAUCCAUCUUUUUUUGUCUUGACUUCUGAAGACAUGCAGCGGUGCACAGCGGUGCUACUUGUGUUAGUGGUGUCCUUCUACUUCCUGAGCGCAGAAGCCUACAAGUGCAGGUGCACCAGAAAAGGACCGAAGAUCCGAUAUAAGGAUGUACAGAAGCUGGAGAUCAAACCCAAACACCCCUACUGCCAAGAGAAGAUGAUAUUCGUGACGAUGGAGAACGUGUAUCGGUUCAAGGGGCAGGAGUAUUGUCUUCAUCCCAAACUUCAGAGCACCAAGAAUCUGGUGAAAUGGUUCCGCAUCUGGAAGGACAAGCACAGGGUGUACGAGGCUUAAAACGUCGUCAAAACGAGCACACGUGGAUGGAGCGAGACUCAAAAAAGACGCCACCACCACCAGAACUGUUUUCACGCAGUACAGGAUGUUAAAAUGUACUUCUCCCUCUUCUGCCUGAGAUCUGUCAAACGCACUAAGAGAUAUCUUUAGUUCAUGUAUACGCCGGUGGGCUCAUUUUAGUCGGCCAUCAUCGUAGCUGCAGUCACUCACCACUCCAGUCUCUCACAACUGUAGUUAUACUUGUCGAAUAGUGGACGAGAUGCCGCCAUCUGUGUUCAGACAGCUCUAGGUUUGGUCCGAUGUGAUUUAAAGCAACUUCUCUUUUGCUUUCUAGGCUUCUUUCAAACUGAAAGAAGGAGAACGUGUCCUUCUAAAGAAACGAGAGAGCCUUUCUUUGACAGACGUAGGUCUUUCUGUUGUUAAGAUUUCCAGUUCUCUUUAUUCAGUAUGACAGGUGUAAUAUUUGUACAAUGCCAACACACUUAGGAUCUGGUCACCUGUGAUUAAAAGGUCGUAGAUGCAGCGAUGAAGGUUCUCAAUGAAUCUGAUUCUCUGAAAGUGUAGAGCAAGAGGCAGUGGUCACAUGUACACUAAUACAGAUGUUACUAUUGUUCAGCCACAUAGAGAUCUAUCCCUGUGUGUGUGUCUGUGUGUGUUAAUAUGCUCCGUACCCUUCACGUGUGUCAAACAAACACACCACUCUGCAGCACGUGUGUUCCACUAAACGUGCAUUGUUUACUCUCAGUAGAUAUUGAAAACACAAAUAGUUCACAUGUGCCAUUCCUACAUAAUUUACAGUCUGUGGAUUAAAGAAAACUAAAUGAUUAUCAUAUAACACAAAGAAAUCAAGACUGUGCAGUUUACAUCGACAAAAGAAGAUCUGUUUCAUCCUUUCUAGUUUUUCUUUUAGCUCCAUCUGUUCAAACAAUUAAUCUUCCACAAACUGUCUAUGUAAGCAUGAAACCAUGACAGCAUCCCGAGAGGGCAACACGUGAUAUUCUAAUCUAUUUGUCAUUGUGAGCUAUAGUAUCCCAGGAAAAUAUCCAAGUAAACAAAGAUUUACAUAUUAUCAGUGUGUCCAAAUUCUCCAACAUGAAGCUCAUUCGUUCGUACUGAUGAUGUAAAAUCUUUAAAAACUUGAUCGCACUCCUGGUUCAAGUUUAAAUUCUGUCUAAUCAUUGUCUUCAAAUAUGGUCAGUCAAUAUUUUAAAUAACUUCCUACUACAAGUGCAGCUUGUAGAUGUUAGGGACUAUUUUCACGUGUGGAUUUAUACAUAUUUGGUUAUUUAUGGCUGCACAAUGACGUCGGCAAAUAAAUCACAGUGUCCUUUAAUUAUUACCUAUCAUGAUAAUGAAUAACCCUAUAAGCCAGAGCAGCAGUAUGGCUCACUGAUGUGUUACAGUUUUUAGACACCGACAAAUUAACGAUAUCAGGCUUUGGAUACAUGGAAUAUUCUUGCUGUUUGGGUUGAAUCAUUGAUGUUGUUGUUUGUUUUCAUUUGAUUUUUGUAGACUUUAAUAAAAAUACAGAAUAUCAUUCAUUUUUAACUGUAAACCAGCUAUAGGUUGUGUUUUUAUCUUAUCUUAUUGAAAUCCAAACAAUUCAUUUUAGCUCAGAAAAAGAACAAUUUGGCUGUUCUGAUUUAAAACAACACUUUUUACUUGCAGUAUAAUAUAAAGCUUAUAUUUAGAUGUAUGUCAGGCUCCUCAUUUGCUCUGUUAAUACUCAUUCCACUGUCUCCUACAACCAACUCAUGAUUCUCUGCUCUUUCACCUUUAGAUCUCCUGAACAAUACUGUCAUCGUGUUAUCAUUUCUUAUGCUGUGGAUACACUUUGUAAUAAUGACUGUUGGUCAUAGUUUUGUUGCCAACAAACUGAAUUCACACACAAAUAUAUCUGCAUGUAUACAAAAUAAACCCCAUCACAUUUUCUUUACUCUUUGAAGAAUGUGCAUUACUCUUGUUUUAUAUCUUGAAUAUAUGAAUAUAUAUAAAGAAACAUUUUGUAAAUGGACCAGUACAACCUAUAUGUUAGUGAAAAUGAAUUCAUCUAAAUACCUUUAUAGUGUCAUGUAUAUUGUAUCACUGCAUUAGAGUCGUUCUUUUUUUUUGCUUUUGUUUAUUUAAAUCUUUGAUUUGGUAACAUAUAUUCGGAGGGUGCGUGUUUGGACUGGCCCACCUAACACACAGUUAGACGUUCCACUGAGUAUAAAACGAUAAACAGCAAUAAAGUGUCUGUAGACCA